AGACACGCGCUUUCAACCGGCGGAGACACUGGCAGGGCCAGAAACGCGCGCAGUGGGGGCGGGAAGUCAGUAAGCUCCCCGCCCCGGCCCCAGACCCCGCCCCGGCCCGGCCCCGCCUUUUUCUCUCCCUCCCCUCCCUGCAUGUACGGGCCCCGCCCCUCGCGCGACGUUUUUUGUUGACCCGGAAACGGAUUCUCCGGAGCCAAGGUCCGCUCGGAUUUGUCUUCUUAGUGCUUGGAUGGUGUGAGUGAAAACCCAGAGGAAUACAUUUGGUGGCUGAGCUAGUACAAUGCCAUCACCGAGACAACAUGAAGAAACAAAAGAGAAUAUUACCUAGUGCAUUAGUCCGUUUUCACACCGCUAUAAAAAACUACCUGAUGGUAAUUUAUGAAGAAAAGAAGUUUAACUGACUGACAGUUCUGCAGGCUUAACAGGAAGCAUGACUGGGAGGCCUCCAGAAACUUACAAUCAUGGUGGAAGGGGAAGCAAGCACCUUCUUCAUAAGGCAGCAGGAGAGAGAGACCAAAUCAGGAAAUGCCACACACUGUUAAAUCAUCAGAUCUUCUGAGAUAUUACCAGCAUGAGAACAGCAAGGGGGAAGUUCACCCCCAUGAUUCAAUCACCUCCCACCGGACCCCUCCCCCAACAUGUGGGGAUUACAAUUCAAGAUGAGAUUUGGGUGGGGACACAGAGCCAAACUAUAUCACCUGGUGUUUGAAGAUCCCACAUAAAAUUGAGAAAGGAAAUCCUCAGACCAUGGAAAGUGGCAGGAUGAGACCAUCUUUCAGUACUGAAGUCUUAGAGUCCCUGGCCUGUGCUGCUGAGCCAUUCAUCCUUAUCCAUUAACAGUGAACACCUGAGUUGUGUAGACACAAGAGGCUGCAUCUGCUGAUACCAAGUUCUGUAUGAAAGUUGUUCACACAACUGAGUGUUCUCAGUCAUUUCAUGAAUAAUGUAUUUGUGGCUUGUAUCUAAAAAGUGAUGGAUAGGAACCACUUUACAUACUAUCUCAUUGGACCUUUUUGAACUCAUAACAGGUCUUUAUUUUAUUCUGAGGACACUGAGGUCCUAUAGUGGAAUAUCUAACUAUAGUCUUGAUUAAAACGUGACAAAUUAGGGAUGCUGCCUCCCUUGUAGUGAGUCUAUAGAUUUUCUUGAAGGUGGUGGAGAGGAGAAUUUUAGUUCUAAAUUUCCAAGUACAGAUUUCAUAAUUAGCAUCUGUAAGUUAUACUUUAGAAGUCUAUUGGGAAAUCUUCAGGUUAUAUUAUGCCACACCACAUGUGAUAUUUCUCUAUGUGAAGUUUUAUGUAUGAGUAAAUCUGAAAGCCAGAUUCCCAGUUCAGAUUUAAAGCAAUGUGACAGGAACCCCAAACACUGUUUUGAGUUUUCUGUUCAUACCACCCACACUUCCUUAGUACAGUCAUUUGAUCUUGCUCCACUGAACAUUGGCAGAGAUAGCCCUGUUUGCAGUAGAAUGUCCAUAAUGUUUUAGGAUUCCAUGACCUUCGAGGAUAUCAUUGUAGACUUCACUCAAGAAGAGUGGGCCCUGCUGGACACAUCCCAGAGAAAGCUGUUUCAAGAUGUGAUGUUGGAGAACAUCAGUCAUCUGGUCUCUAUUGGCAAACAGCUCUGCAAAUCAGUUGUGCUUUCCCAAUUGGAGCAAGUAGAGAAACUUUCAACACAAAGAAUAAGCUUCCUGCAAGGUAGAGAAGUUGGCAUUAAACAUCAAGAGAUACCAUUCAUUCAACAUAUCUAUCAGAAGGGCACGUCCACCAUCAGCACAAUGAGAUCUCAUACUCAAGAGGAUCCUUUUCUAUGCAAUGAUUUAGGAGAAGAUUUCACUCAACAUAUGGCAUUGACUCAAAAUGUGAUUACUUACAUGAGAAAGAAACACUUUGUGAGCAAAAAGUUUGGGAAAAUCUUCAGCGACUGGUUAUCCUUUAAUCAACACAAGGAAAUUCACACCAAAUGUAAAUCAUAUGAAAGUCAUCUAUUUGAUUAUGCCUUUAUCCAAAACUCUGCCCUUAGACCACACAGUGUGACUCACACUAGAGAGAUAACAUUGGAAUGUCGUGUGUGUGGGAAAACCUUUAGCAAAAAUUCUAAUCUUAGGCGACAUGAGAUGAUUCACACUGGAGAGAAACCACACGGAUGUCAUCUAUGUGGGAAAGCCUUUACUCAUUGCUCUGAUCUUCGAAAACAUGAGAGAACUCACACUGGAGAGAAGCCAUAUGGAUGUCAUCUAUGUGGGAAAGCCUUCAGUAAAAGUUCUAACCUUAGACGACAUGAGAUGAUUCACACUAGAGAAAAAGCACAGAUAUGUCAUCUAUGUGGGAAAGCCUUCACUCAUUGCUCUGACCUUAGAAAACAUGAGAGAACUCACUUAGGAGAUAAACCAUAUGGAUGUCUCCUAUGUGGGAAGGCUUUCAGUAAAUGUUCUUACCUUAGACAACAUGAAAGAACUCACAAUGGAGAGAAACCAUAUGAAUGUCAUCUAUGUGGAAAAGCCUUCUCUCAUUGUUCUCACCUUAGACAACAUGAGCGAAGUCACAAUGGAGAGAAACCACAUGGAUGUCAUCUAUGUGGGAAAGCGUUCACUGAAUCUUCUGUGCUUAAACGACAUGAGAGAAUUCACACUGGAGAGAAACCAUAUGAGUGCCAUGUAUGUGGGAAAGCCUUCACUGAAUCUUCUGACCUCAGACGACAUGAGAGAACUCACACUGGAGAAAAACCAUAUGAAUGCCAUCUAUGCGGAAAAGCCUUCAAUCACUCUUCUGUCCUUAGACGACAUGAGAGAACUCACACUGGAGAGAAACCAUAUGAAUGCAAUAUAUGUGGUAAAGCCUUCAAUAGAAGUUAUAACUUUAGACUUCAUAAAAGAGUUCACACUGGAGAGAAACCAUAUGUAUGUCCUCUAUGUGGGAAAGCCUUUAGUAAAUUUUUUAACCUUAGACAACAUGAGAGAACUCACACUAAAAAAGCAAUGAAUAUGUAAGAGUCAUCAGCCAUAGCGUUAACACUAAAUACACCAAGGACAAACAUACUACAGGAAUAUUAUGUCUGUAAUCAGUGUGGAAAAGCCUUUAUUUAUAUUUACCACUUUGCUCAACCUAAAUGAAUUCAAGGUAGAGAGAAUCCAGAUGUAUUUAAUGUUUAUGGCACAAACUUCAGACUCUAGGCUGACCAUACACAAUGUGAGAGAAUGAAACUAUAGAUCAAAGGAAUGUGGAGGAGUCUUCAUCCACAGCUCUAACUGUUAAAUAAAUGGGAGAAAUCACAUCAGGAAAAUUCUGUGCCUGUCGUCAGUGUGAAAAUGCCUUUGCUGAUAAUUUAUCCUCUAAACAAAUGAGUAAAAUCCACAGGCAAGCAACCAUAUGUCUGUAAUUGCUGUGCACUCUCAUUCAGCUAAGCACCAAUUCUGGUGUGUGCAAGAAAAUUCAUUAUCAGGUAACUGAUAAAAACAGGAAAUAUGUGAAAAUAUUUUUUAUUAGGUGGAUGAGGCCUCUUGAACAAUUCCAGAAAUACAUAGUGGAGAAGUUAUUCAAUGAAAACUCAUGAGAAAUCCUUUUCUUAAUACAGCAGCACUUCUAUAAUAGAUCAGAAUUCACAUGGUGUAGAACUCUCAAUGACAUAAAUGGAGGGUAGUCCUCAGUAAAUUACUCAUUCCUUAGUCAAUACCAGCAUUUUUCCAGUGAGAAAACUAUCUUGACAGCAUAGUGGAAAAACCUUCAGGCAGCUUUUAUGUCAAAAAAGUGAGACAGGGACGAAAACUCUAAAAAGCCAUUGAUGAGAUGUAUAGCUGGGGGACAAGACAUAAAGCCAUCAAGCACGUGCUUGAGAAAAAAAUUAUAAUUUCAAACAAAGACUUUCUACUUAAAAUAUGUGGGUUGAAAUGUACAAUUCUGAAAUAACCUGGGAAUACUGAAUGCAGAAUUAUGUAAGAAGUAAUAAGAUUAAAUUAGUACUGUCAAAAA